CCCGCGGCGGUUAUCCUCACUGCCUAUCAAGCUGGCCCGUCCUUUUUCACAUUUCACUCUGAAAACACCCUUCAAAUAUCCCUUCAAAUAUAUGAUACCGCCUCAGCUGGGUUUUAUGAGAGGUUGUAAGAUGCGGGGUUUUACAAAUGCUAUUUAAUGAGCACUUCAAUGGUGUUGUGCGACCAUUUAAAGUUGAUCAACCAAUACCUACCCCAAGCCUCCUCACUCUGUGUCUCUUGUCGUAACCCAUCGUGUUUUAUCUUUCAUCUCAGUUGCGAAAGGAAAAGAUUUUCUGGGUUCGUGGCAAAUGCUGCAAACAACAAUAGUAAUUAUUCUAAGAAAAGGAAAAGGAAAAGAAGCUGGUGGCAAAGGUUCUUUUUCGACGAUGACGGGAAUUGGCUAGGUCUCAAGGACGACGACAUGCUGGAGGAAGGCGAGGACGAGUUUUCAGAGUCGGAGGAGUUGUCAGGGGGAGACAAAUUUGAGGCAUGGAAGAGGAGGGCGGAGGCCAUAAUGGAGUUGAGGGAAGCACAAGAGGAUAUGAGGAAUGAGGAGAGCAGAAGAUGGGAGGACUGGAUUGUGGUUGGGGAUGAUAAUAAACAUAGUGCUGCAAAAGAUUGGGAUGAUGAUGGCCGUGAUGAUGAUUGGGGGGAGGAUAAAGGAGACGGCUUGGUUAAGUCUGUCAGAGAUUUGGUUCUUGGGAGGGAAGAUGAGGAUAUCUUGUACGAGGACCGUGUUUUUCGGUAUGCCUCCCUGAAUUCGGCCAAGUUUGUGGCAGCACUGGUACUUAUACCCUGUGCCUUAGAUUUUGUGGUUCAUGACUAUGUUCUUAUGCCAUUUUUGGACAGAUACGUGAAGACUGUGCCACUGGCAGCAGAGAUGCUUGAUGUCAGAAGAAGUCAAAAGCUUGAAAUGGUUAAGCAACUUAAGGUUGAAAAAGCAAGAUUCCGUUUUGAGGUGGAGAUAGGUAAAUCUCCGCCUCUUUCUGAUGAAGAACUUUGGUGGGAAUUGCGGCAUAAAGCGUUAGAGUUACGAGAUGAGUUCAGAUUAGAGAAUCGUAAAGCAUUUGCCAACAUAUGGUCAGAUAUGGUAUUUGGCAUUUCACUGUUCCUUCUCUUACACCUCAAUCAAAGUAAGGUAGCUUUGAUGAAAUUUGCAGGUUAUAAAAUAAUAAGUAAUAUUUCAGAUACUGGAAAGGCAUUUCUCAUUAUACUGAGUACAGACAUUUUUUUAGGGUAUCAUUCUGAAUCUGGUUGGCAGACUUUGUUAGAGAUAAUUGUUGAGCAUUAUGGACUGCAAGUUGAUCAGUCUGCUAUAACCGUUUUUGUCUGUCUGAUUCCAGUUGUUAUGGAUGCAUGCGUGAAGCUUUGGUUGUUCAAGUUUCUCCCUAGAUUAUCCCCAGGAGUUGCAAAUAUAUUCCAGGAAAUGAAACGCCACUAGAGAUUUUUUUUUGGGAUUCUUUCAUCAUUUGUGAGAAUAUUAAACAAAAUAACAUGUGCAGUUGUCCUACAUGUUUUGUGGUAGUUGCAUUUAUCUUCCUUGUAGAGUUGUGCUGGAAUUUUGUAAGUAUGAACUAAAUGGGGAAACAUCAGAUGAAAGGUUUUUCUGAAUGAAGGUUCAAAUUUCUUGUGAAGCUAGGAGCUUAUAGUGGUUCAGGUACUUGAUAUUUCACGUUUUUGUCAUAUACGCUGACUUAGUGACCCCAAAAGAUCAUGUUAUUAGUUUCAACAUUCAAGUGCCUGAAUUCAGAGUUAGCUAUAAAAGUAUUGUGAAUAAUGGUUUUGGUUCACAUGAUUAGUGGUAUGACAGAUC